AUGACGAUCCCUCCUCUUUCAGCCGCAUCUCCUCUUAGCAACACGCUGACAGGGUUGUUGCUCGGCAUCAUUACAGUUGUAGGCUUUCAUGCAUGCCUUUACAUGGGUGCAUACUGGUUCUUUGCGAAGCACUUGUAUCGCGACUACGAAAUCAAGCGCCUGUCGGUCCAGAACCUAUUCGCUGCUACAUUUACAGUAUGUGUAUCUAUGCUUCAGCUUCUGUUGCUUGAGCUUCUCCAUAUUCUGAACCCAACCUUAAGGAAGUUGGUUUGGAACGUCGACCUCAUUUGCGUCUUACUACUUCUCUACCUUAUCCUGCCUGUAUUUAUUGUGUACAACCUACUUGUGCCCGACCAAGAUCUCUUCAAAAUUCCCGACCUCGUGUCUGCCUUUCCAUCACUACAAAGUCUCAACAUUCCGGCCUUUUCGAUUGGCCAUCUAAGUCUUCCGGCCUCCCUUCCUCUUCCUGCAUCCUUGACUUUCCCGUCACCGUUGACAGAGCGUUCGCGCGGUAAACUCGCUGCCCUUCUUCCUCGGUAUCCUAUCCCCUGGCGCCGGUGGUUUCUGGUGGCCUUCGGAUGCGUCAUUCUCCUCCCUCUUCUCUGGUCGUGUUUCUACCAGUCGGGGCGGUUCCUCCACCUCGAUCCCGCGAUUCUCUCUUCCCUGUCCUACACGGAGUGUCUCCUCGCGUACGUCGGCGUGUGUGGCGUCACCGUGGUGUCGGCGCUGGCGGGCUUCGGGUCCGUCAAUUACCCGUACAGGAAUAUCACGGCCUUUCUGUCGCCGGUCUCCCAGGAGCAAGUGGCAGAGGUGGAACAACGCCUGCUGCAGACGCUCUCUUUGAUCGCAGAGAAGAAGAAGAAACGCAAGCAACUGCAGCAGUCGCUGACCAGGCCAGGGCGCUCGUCCCACUGGCCAACGCCGACGACGGGACUGCAUCCCGCAGGGCCGCCAGGCAGUUGCCGGGGCGCCGCAGGGGUGCGGGAGGGUGUGCAAGCGAGCCGCGGACGCGUCGAGACAGAGGAAGGAGUCAGCGUCUUCGUGCACGGCGGCUCCGCCUCUUCCGACGCAAGCUACCGACAUGCGAGUUCGGGCAGUGACGCAGAACGCGGCGGGGCGGCGCACCCGGGGACAGAACAGUAUCCCUUUGGCGGCUGUGCGCACGCAGGCCGAGGAUGUACGAUAGGCGGCAGUUCAACGGUGAGUGGCGUGGGGGCGCACUGCGCCGCGCCGAGUGUGGAGGAACCAGACUUCGCGUCGGCUGCUUGCGCGGUUCAGCAGACUCCGAAGCUUCGUCAGGGGUCGCCACCUGUGAGGGAACGGCCUGGCUUGCCUCUGGUGUACAGCGAGGUGAAGACGCACCGGCAAUCUUCGCGAAACCGAUGUCCCUGGGAGAGGAGCGAGGACACUGGGCCGCAAAGGCUCAAAGUGAAGGAAGGACCAGUCAGGCCUGGAGACUGCAGAGGUGCCGGCCUCGCCAGUACGGGAAGUUUCCACCCAGAAAGCGACAGCGAGAAUGGAACGUCGUUUGGAAUGUGGGCGUGCUUGCGGGCGGUGUGGGCACGGGUCAGGUGGCUCUGUGAAAGGAUAGUGGCAGCUGUGAAGGGCCGGGCGGCAGAGAAGGAGUGCCAACAGCUUCAGAGCGAGAUUGCCGCUUUGGAGGAUUUGUCUAGAGAGCUGUUCGUUGGCUUGGACGAUCUCGUUCAGUCGCGCGCCCAGGCGAUUUUUAGCAGAACUCUCUUAGGUAGGCUAAAAAAUUUGUUGGGGUGGUGCAUGACUGUGGUGUGUGUCUACCGGAUUAUUACGGCUGCCACCAACGUGCUGCUUGGCCGCGUGAACACCACGGACCCAGCAACGAGGACUUUAGAGGUCGCCUUGUAUUAUCUGAAUAUUCCCUUAAAUGUCGCGGUGGUUUCGCCGUACCUCUCCCUCCUGUUGCUGGGGUGGAUCAUCGCGCUGACAAUUCGGGGAUUCAUUGAAAAAUUGCUUGCUGUGUUUCGCUACGUUUCUACAUCUGUAUCGAGCAAUGUAUUCGCUCUGGUCAUGUCUGAAAUCAUGGGUUUCUACUUCUCAGCAUGUGUUCUACUUACGCGUAUGUAUUUACCGCAGUCAUAUAGGGAUGCGGUGACAGAGGUAAUUGCCCCUUCCCUCGACUUUCGAGUUUUCCAUCUUCAUUUCGAUCGAGUGUUCCUCCUCUCUUCCCUUACCUCCUUUGGAAUCGUGAUGCUUUCUCACAAGCACUCCCUCGAAAAGUUCAAAAAUCUUUGA